AUGUUCAGCCGCAACGCGACGAAGGCUGCCCGCGCGGCGCCCAGCAUCCGCAAAUUUGCGACUGAGGCGCCCGUUGCUUCCGCACGCAACCACAAGGUCGUUGUGGUCGGCGGCGGUUCUGCCGGUCUGGCAAUCAGCCACCAGCUGCUUCACUCCGGCAAGUUCUCACAGGAUGAUAUCGCUGUUGUCGACCCCGCCGAGUUCCACCAUUAUCAACCGGGCUGGACCUUGGUGGGCGGUGGUCUCAAGACCAAGGAGGAGCUCCGACGCCCUAUGAAGAGCUUGAUUGACCCCAAGCUCAAGCACUACGCUGAGAGCGUGGCGUCUUUUGCUCCCGAGAAAAACACUGUUCAACUUGGCAACGGCGACAGCGUGAGCUACGAGCAGCUGAUCGUGGCCCCCGAGUACCCCGUCUCUUCAAUCUACGGCUACGACACCGUCAGCAAGGUGUUCGGCACCAUCCAAAAGCUGGAUAAGGGUAACGCAUACUUCACCCAACCUGCAGGCGCUAUCAAGUGCGCCGGCGCACCGCAAAAGAUUAUGUGGUUGGCUCUGGACCACUGGAAGCGCGCAGGGCGCUACGACCCCAGCAACCCAGCCAACUCGGACAUCAAGAUCAACUUUGCGACUGGUACACCAGUCAUGUUCGGUGUGCCCAAGUACAACAAGGCAUUGACCGCCAUGCAGCAGGAGCGCGGCGUGAACGCUCUCUUCCAGCACGAUCUGGUCUCCAUCGAUGGCGACAAGGCCACCUUCGCUCUCCCCGACGGCCAAUCCGCGACCAAGCAGUUUGAUCUGCUGCACGUGGUGCCCAAGAUGGGCGCCCCCGCGUUCGUCAAGAACAGUGUUCUCGCCAACGAGUCUGGCUUUGUCGAUGUCGAUGACGGAACCACCCAGCACAAGAAGUACGCAAAUGUCUGGUCCGCCGGUGAUGCGUCCAGUCUGCCUACCUCCAAGACGGCCGCUGCCGUGACCGCUCAGGCUCCCGUGGUCGUGCGCAACCUUCUGCAAGCGAUGGAGGGCAAGAAGCCCGAUGCCGUGUACGACGGAUACACCUCGUGCCCCCUGCUGACCGAGUACGGCAAGGUCCUUUUGGCCGAAUUCAAAUACGGUGGGGUGCCCAAAGAGACAUUUGGCAACUGGUUCGGCAUCGACCAGGCCGUACCCCGUCGCUCCUUCUAUUACCUGAAGAAAGACUUUUUCCCCUGGGUAUACUACAACUCAAUGGUGAAGGGCGAAUGGGCUGGACCCAAGGGCUGGACAAACUAG